GUGCUGAUUGUCUUAUAUUUCUUCGCAAGGCUGUACAGGUGCAAUGGCAUUGGAAUUCGCCAGAGCUCACCCGGAGCUGUCUGUGACAGUGUUCGACUUACCGGCCGUUGUUGAAAUGAGUCCGCGUUUCCAUCCACCCUGCACGCAAGACAGGCUCACGUUUGUCGCAGGAGACUUCUUCAAAGAUGCCUUACCCAAAGCGGACUUGUACAUCCUCUCAAGAAUUCUCCAUGACUGGUCUGAUGAGAAAGUGCACUUCUUGCUCGGCAAAAUUUCAGAUGCAUGCACACCAGGUUGCGGCCUGCUACUGAGUGAGAUCUUUUUGGACGAGGGUCGGACAGGGCCAAGUCGCGGGCUGCUCCAGGCCCUCAGCAUGAGCGAAGGCAGACAGAGGAGCGCCGACGAAUACGCUCUGCUUUUGAAGAGCCACGACUUUGUUGCCACCGGUAUCAAACAGACGGAAAACCUGCUGGAUGCAAUGCUCUGCAUCAAAGUCUGACCACUCUCCAACACCCUACAGGCUGUGCUGUUGUCAUUGCUGAGACCAUGUUGGACGGGCGGUCCACCUGCUCAACCCUGCAGUUUCUGAAAAUGCUGGUCCACACCAAAGGCCUGGAGAAAACGCUGCGCUAGCAUGCCGAUUGCAUCAGGAAACACGGCUUCGGAAGCAUGCGUGUGGUACACCCGGGGAACUUUAAUGCAUUCAUUGUCAUUAAAAUGUGAGAAAAAUGGAAGAAUGUCUCUUUUCAUUCA